AUGGCCAAGGAUAGCACAUGCGUCAUCUACAUUGACAAAACCGUCAAGAACGACGGCCUGACCCCUUACAGGAUCGGGUGCCACUCUGACCAUAUCCCCAACGGAGAAGGGCCGUAUCCCCGAGACCCUGGCGGUUACAAAAUGUUCCCAGUUCAAGAGAUUGACCCAGUCGCCGAGGCGUUCAUCACUCCAGUCAUCGAGGGCCUGGCCAAGCUCGACGAGAUCAUCUGCGGUGUAUUCGUUCAGGCCGUCGUCGAGAGCAUCAACACCGGUUUCGCCCUCGUCCCAGGCGCCGAUCAGGCCGCAGCCUCAGCACGGGCAGCGACGAAGGCAGCCGUCGAGGGCGCCAAGUCGUUCGUGGAGAACUCGCUAAACUCGUCCGACUUCUUCGACGGCCGGGUUAAGAAGAGCUGCGGCAUCGACAAGAUCGAGCUUGACUACGACAGCACUUUCAACUCGCUGGUCAACCCCUACUUCUCCUGCUGCUCAUCCUGUUCACUCCAAAUUCACUUUAGAGAUCACUUCACCGUUGCAAACCAUUUCAAAAUUUCUAAAUUGAAUAGCUAG